AAACUAUGGCUGCUCCGGCGGAGGUUUAUGUUUUGGUGACUGUUGUUAGGCGGAAGUUACGUUUGUUUCCGCCUGGUGUUACUUUGAGUUUGAAUGGUUUUCUGUAAGCUAUCGUGCUAGCAGCAGUUUGAACGGAGUUUGGCCGUUCACGCGAGCACGCGCGGUGUGGACGGGUUCCGUGUCCGUGCUCAGGUGCAGCGGUGAGUCACAGGUACGGUGGGACUCGGACGCUGCUCAGCGGGGAGCUGGGCUGCGUCAGGUAGCCGACGAACACCCGGGCAGGUGUCAGAGUUCUGGAGGCCGUUGCCAUGGAGCCAGCCUGGCGACAGCAGGGCCGGGGACGAGGCCGGAAUCAGGAGGCUCAGGUUGAAAGGUCGCGACCUCCGCAGAAGGAGAGGGAGAGGCCGGGCGCUGCUGCUGCUGGACGAGGGGGCGGGACGAAGACCGCCUCGGCGCCUGAACCUCCACACGGUGUGACGGUCCAGUCCAAGUUCGAGGAGAUCAGGAAGUCCAACCAGGCGGCUGCUCAGAGACUGGUGGAGAGCCACUUCAGCUCCUCCUCCUCUGAUGAAGACGAGGGUAUCGAUGGAGUGGACCACGAGGAUGGAAAGAGAGGGAAGAUCCUGGCGUCGACCUUCACCACCUACACCGACCAGACAGACGGGGACACCACUGGGCUGCUGAGGACCGGUCAGUACGUCAGUGACCUGUUCCAGUCCGGAGCGCUCACCUGUCUGAUCUGCAUCGCCUCAGUCAGGAGGACACAAGCGGUGUGGAGCUGCUCCAGCUGUUUCUCCCUCUUCCACCUGCCCUGUAUCCAGAAGUGGGCCAAAGACUCGGUCUUCCUCGUGUCCUCGGUCACCGAUGAAGACUUUGGUCAAAAGCAGCACCCGUGGCCCUGUCCAAAGUGUCGUGCAGAGUAUGCACCUGGUGCCACCCCCCACAGGUACAUGUGUUACUGCGGGAAACUGCAGGACCCUCCGGCUGACCCGUGGCUGGUUCCUCACUCGUGCGGCUCCAUCUGUCAGAAGGAGCUCAAACCUGCCUGUGGACACACCUGCCUGCUGCUGUGUCACCCCGGUCCCUGCCCUCCGUGUCCAAAGAUGGUGUCCGUGUCGUGCAUGUGUGGCAAAGCGAAGCCCCUCCCCCGCCGCUGCAGCAACAAGGCCUGGUCGUGUCAGCGGCCCUGUGGGAAGCUGCUGCUCUGCAAGCAGCACACCUGUUCACAGCCCUGUCACACAGAGUGCUCUCCCUGUCCCAGAGUCAGCGUUCAGAAGUGUGUGUGUGGCAGAGAGAAGGCAGAGCGGCCCUGUGCCAGCCCCCGCUGGAACUGUCAGCAGGUGUGUGGGUCUCGGCUGUCCUGUGGGAACCACACCUGUGAGGAGGUGUGUCACGAUGGAGUUUGUCCUCCGUGUCCUCGCUCCAUCAGCAGGACGUGUCCCUGCGGAAAGACCAAGUCAUCUCUGCCCUGCACGGAGGAAGUGCCUCCAUGUGGUGACACGUGUGACCGCCGCCUAGCCUGCCAGAAGCACACCUGUUCAAUGAGGUGUCACCGAGGGAGCUGUGAAACCUGCAGACAGGAGGUGGAGAAGGAGUGCAGGUGUGGCAGGUACAGGAAGCUGAUGCCGUGUCAUAAGGAGUACCUGUGUGACUCCAAGUGCCCCCAAACCAGGAACUGCCAGAGACACCAGUGCAGGAGGAAGUGUUGCCCUGGUAACUGCCCCCCCUGUGACCAAAGCUGCGGGCGAACCCUGGGCUGUCGGAACCACAAGUGUCCCUCAGUCUGCCACCAAGGUAGCUGCUAUCCGUGCCCAGAGUCGGUGGAGGUCCGGUGUGCGUGCGGCUCGACUGUGCUGGUCGUCCCCUGUGGCCGUGAGAAGACCACCAAACCGCCUCGCUGCAAGGAGACCUGCAGGUGUCCUCCGUCCUGCCACCACCCGACCAGAGAGGCUCACCGCUGCCACCCCGGCCCCUGCCCCCCCUGCAAGCAGGCCUGCCUGCUGCCCCUGCCCGGCUGCAGCCACACCUGCCCGCGGCCCUGCCACGACCUGGUGCUGGUCAAGUCCCAGCAGGUUCACUUAGCAGGACCGUGGGAGCAGCCGUCUGAGCCGGCCUUUGUCGAGAAGGCUCUGCCCUGCCCGCCGUGCCAAGUACCCCUGCCAACGGCCUGUUUUGGAGAACACGAGGUCAGCCCGGUGCCGUGUCAUCGCCGGGGUCGAUUCUCCUGCGGCCGACCCUGCGGACGACCUCUGACCUGCGGCAACCACACCUGCAGCAGAGAGUGUCACCUGGUGAACGACAGCAACCCGUGUGAGGUGUGUGAGGAGGGCUGCUCUAAGCCCCGCCCACCCGGCUGCCCUCACUCCUGCCCCCGCCCCUGUCACCCGGGCAGCUGCCCCCCCUGCAGCCAGAUGAUCCGCCAGCGGUGCCACUGCAAGAUCAGCCUGCUGUACUUGGAGUGCACGAAGCUGACUUCAGUGGAUGAGCAGACCAAAGUGCUGCUGGGAUCGUGCAACAACCAGUGUCCCAAAGAGCUGAGCUGUGGCCAUCGCUGUAAGCAGGUGUGUCAUCCAGGUGUGUGUGAGGAGAAGUGUCAGCAGAAGGUGAAGCUCCGGUGUCCCUGCAGGAGGAUCAAGAAGGAGGUGCUGUGCUCGCUCUCAGCUCAGUUUGCUGUGGAGUGUGAUGAUGUCUGCAGAGAGCAGCAGAGGAAAAUCAGCCAGCUGAAGGAGGCGGAGCAAAGAGCGGCUCAGGAGGAGGAGCAAAGGAAGCUUCAGGAGGAGCUGGAGGCCUUCGAGAAGCGGCAGCAGCGAGGAGGGCGGAGGAACAAGAAGCGAGGGCGGAGGGAGGAGGUGGAUGACGAGCAGUCUGAGGCGAGGAGGUGGUGGAGGAGGUGCGCCGCCUUCGUCCUCGUCCCACUGGGUGGCGCUCUGCUGUCGGCCGCCGCCUACUACUACCUGCAGGAGUCGGGCUGAGCAGACGAGCGCUCGCUUCGACUCGUGCUGAGCCGAGUUUAGAAACACGACACUGCGUCACGUUUCAGAAGCACGGCUCCGCCUCCUCCUCCUCCAGUGAGGAACCGUGUUGGGUUAUUGUGUGGAAGCAGAGAAGCCUGAAACUGUUCUGCUUCAUUUCCUGUCAGUUUGCGGUUGCAGCUCCAGCCUGGAGCCUCAGUUCUUCCUCAGCUUCAGUGGUCGGGUCUCUCUCUGAGGACAGGGUCACGGCCUGAUUACAGCCUCGUUUAUCAUCAAUGAUGUCAUAGAAUGCAGACGCUGCCUCUGAGCAUGCUCAGGUCAGGCAGGCCAUGAGGUCAGCUGCUACCUUCUGCACAUCCACCCGGGUGAUAUGUACACCGCUUUGUCUGCAUACUCUAGCUGCUGCCUGUGCAAGCUGCUUUGCAGCCCACCUCUGAGAGGAUCUUCCUGCUGCACAGAGCAGCAGGAGCUGGAUGGAGGCUCAGACUGAGGUUUGAGACUGAAGCUGCAACAACAAACAGCCUAAUUACUCAUGUUUUUGUCCUGUAAUCUGCCUUCAAUAUUCUCUCUAAUGGUUUUUUAAUGUGUUUCAAGUUCCAAAUGAAGAUGAGUGUUGAACACUUUGACACUGCAGCAACAUUUAAUUUUAGUUAUUAAUGUUUAGUUCCCUUUAAAGCUCGUUGUUCUCCCUGGUGUGUAAUCUUUGUUUGUAGAGAGCAAGAAGCUCCUGAUUGGAAACGUAAGGAAUCAAUCAUGUUUAUGAAAAGUAGUUUUUGGAUUUAAGUCAUUUUUCUUUCCUUUUUUGAUCUUUUUUUUUCUCCAAAGAUUUAAAGAAUAAAUAUUAAAAACAC